AUGACCGGGGAGAACGAGGAUCCCAAGUCUCCUUCGGUAGACUUCAAGCUUGCCGAUGCUCAAGAACUGCUGCAAAAACUGCCCUUGAAAACUAAAUGGAGAAACGAAUUGGAAACCAUUCCCUUUGGCCUUCUGGACCCGUUUGAUCCUUCUUUUCACCGGGACAAGCUAUUUAUCGUUGCCCGUCUCAUCCUGCCGCAAGCUAUUUUGUCCUUCUUGACAUUUUCCUUUGACGGGACGCUGCCCAAUGGGGAAAAUACCACUUUGCCUACCUUCUCCGAAAAAGAGGUCAUGUAUACUAUCAUUCCCUACAAGGAAUGGGCCUUUCCCCCACAUAACGGUUUGGAAUUGCCCGUCAACGAGCUAUUGCUUACUAGCAUUGAUUCAAACGAGGAUCCCAGCCGUCUCACCAUAGUGGAUAAGUCGGUGCACGCCAUGAAGACUCGGAGCUGCAUAAGGCCGAAAAACUUCGAAUAUGCCUGCCAAUAUAUCGAAGCUGUUAUCAUUGCGUUUGACUACCUUAAUGUUCCCAAACAUAUCUCGCAUAUGCGCGGCACAUUCAACUCUAUUUAUGACCACUUGGAGGAAUUCGAUAACGCAUUGGAUGGACUGCGACGUUCUGAGAGCAAGCAGGGACCACAUCAAGAAGCUAAAAUGGCAGCUUUGUGGGAAGAGUUUAUUCGUGUCCGUUACGAGGUCAUGACACGGCGCGCACACGACUGGGUUAUUUCUCACAUUGACGACCUACGACAGCCGCUCCUCCAACACAUACGCACACAGGGUCCUGUGUUAAAGGAUACUAUAAGCCCGGAUCAGUUGGCCAUCGUGCACAAACUGCAGGGCAUACCACCCCAACCCCCCGAGGAAGUUCCAGAAACGCAAAGCCCAGAUCUAGGCACGCGCCGUGGGGCAUAUCUCGAUAAAUUUAAAUUCGACACCCUUACAACGAACAUGACCAAAUAUAUGCUAGAAAACCUAGUCAGGAGCCCAGACAAAGAACCCGCACGCAAAACAGAGAAGUCAGCGCAAGACCGCCUGUACCGGACCAUUAACAUUCAACUUGAGGAGCAGAAAAACACACGGCAAAGGGUUCAAUGGCAUCCAGAGCCCGAAUUACUUUCACCUGUGCCAUGGAUCGGCGAUGUAUUGAGAGGCAUCCGUGAAUCUGCGAGCACAGAUAAACCUGUUCGCAAAGUCGGGUUUGUAAUUUACAGGCUCUGCUAUGACGGUGACACGGCUCAUGAUAAUGUUUGGUCUAUGGUUUUGAAUAAUAUAAAACAAGAUCUGGCAGAUUGGGGCUCCGGCAUCGACGGAGCAGAGGACCUAAAGCCAUUUUUGGAACUGCACCCGUUUGACGGGAAGAAGUUGGGGCUUGCGGAAGAUGACAUUGAUGGUGCAAAAGAACACUUCUCCAAGUUCCUCGACUCCCCCGGCUUCCCACGAGGCAUGCACGAAAACUCAUUCCUCGUCCUUGACUCCGCCAGCUUCUCCUCCUACAACUCCGCCAACAACAUCGCGACAACUACAACAACAACGACAACGACAACGACAACGCCCUCCCCCACACAAUUCGACGCCCGUUUCCUCCUCGCCGUCGAUACAAAUUUUGAUCCCGCCAAGGGCCUUGAGCGGCCCGAGGAAUCGCCCGAAUGGAUGGAGGAUCUGUGGCCGUUGGCUAUGCAGCAUCCGCAGAAGAUAUAUGUUGGGUAUGUAGUGCCGGAGAUGUUGAAGAGAUGGAGAAGUUCGACAGUGGAUUUGGAUGGGGUUGCGGGGGGGUUGGGGAGGAAGGGAAAAGGGAAAGAGAUAGGGGUAGGAGGUGCUGGGGCUUGUGGAAAAUAUGCUGGAAGGGUUGGGGCAUGCUACGAGGUUUCUGGGCGGCGAGACGGGGGGUGGAGGUUGGGAGGUGGAUGCGGGUAUGAGAGAUGGGGGCAGCAGUAA